AUGUUUUCACGAUUAUUUCCCUCGUUGGGGCAUUGCGCGCCAACAGGUGCCUUUCCUAAUUCAGCCCGAUAUGUCCGCAAGAGUGUAUUCCAGGUCGAGCGGAGGUAUUUCUCGAGGAACAUCCUGAAGCAGGAGCAGAGCCGGCCAUCUGCGGCACCAUUCAGAACCCCAGCAUCUAAGAAACGCAAUACUUCUACUGCCCUUUACACCAUCAGUCUCAUUCUCGGAACAACUGCUCUCGCAUAUGGAUCCGUUCCGCUUUACAAAAUGAUCUGUGCGCAGACCGGUUGGGGUGGCCAGCCCAUCCUCACCCACCGCGGUGGAGACGCAGAUACCUCCUCACGCGUAACACCUGUGACGGACUCCCGUCGCCUUCGCAUCACAUUUAAUGGAUCCGUAUCUGACGUUAUGCCCUGGAAGUUUACACCUCAACAGCGCGAGGUCCGGGUGCUUCCUGGUGAAACUGCUUUGGCGUUUUACACAGCGACGAAUAAAGGCCCGACUGAUAUAAUUGGUGUUGCAACAUACAGUGUCACGCCUGGUCAGGUUGCGCCGUACUUCAGCAAAAUCCAAUGCUUCUGUUUUGAGGAGCAGAAGCUCAAUGCUGGCGAGUCGGUGGAUAUGCCUGUGUUUUUCUUCAUUGAUCCCGACUUUGCUACCGAUCCUAACAUGCAGGGUAUUGAUACCAUCACCCUUUCAUAUACCUUCUUCAAAGCAAAAUAUGAUGACAAUGGGGUUCUGAAACCCAUUGCAUCGUAA